GCGUCUUUGAUUUUUUUUUACCACACUUGCUUUUUGUUUUCUUUUCUGAGUUUAUAGCUUCUUCUUGUACUGCUUGAUCUUACCUUUAAAAGAAAGCCAUGGAUCUUUAGGACUCACAAGAAAGAAACAGGCAAGACAAGCUCUUUUAGCUGCCCAGGUGAUUUUAAGAUGUUGAGAUCUCCCUGUGUCCCCGGGGCUCCUGUUGGGAUCAGUAGUACCGCGGCUCCUCGUGGCCAGAGACAUGGACCCCGAAUCGGCUCCCCCCCAACCACAGCGUGCCACCCCUUGGCCCCACAUCGCUCUGUGAAGGAUGUCCCUACGCACAGCUCCGGCCCGGGACACCUCUGAGACCCCCUGCCAGAGAGAACAAAUACGCAGCCAAAUGAAGAUGGUGAUCAACCAGCUGGAAGGCAUUCUCAAGGAGCUCAAGGAUGUGGCCAAGGAGCUCAGGGAGGUUGUUGGUCAGAUUGAUAAGCUGACAGCGGACUUUGACUUUGACCUGGAGCCAGAUGACUGGACAGUGGCCACGGUGAGCAGCACGUCCAGCAGUGAGAGGGGGCUGGGUGACACCUUUAGGCUGGACCUCUUCAACCCGGAUGUGCUCUCCGACAGCUGGGAGUUCUGCACUUUCCUGGAGCCCACUAACCUGGGUGCCAUCCCCAAGAGAAAGCCCGCAAAGCAGCCAGAGGACACUGAGAAAGGGAAGGAGCCUGUGACAGCAGUGAUGGCAGCAACGCCUUACUCUCAAAUGAACGGGGGCCUACCCAUCCCAAACGGUCCCCUGAUCAUCACCCCGGACUCAUCCAGCGAAGAAGCCACCAGCUCCACGUACAGCCACAAGACCUCGCGGACCUCCGGCACCAGGGAGCGGGUCCGAUUCAGCGACAAGGUCCUGUACCACGCACUGUGCUGUGAUGAUGAUGAGGACGAGGGGGAGGGGGAAGAGGAGGGUGCCAACACAACACCAGAGACAGACAGCGAGCCCAGCCCCCUUGCCACAUCGCCAACGCCCACACUCUCGCCCACUGAACACUCCCUCCACAACUGUAUGGACUCCUCUCUCCCCUCACUUGUACGGUCCGGGGUGGUGCAAACAGCAGUGGCGACCCCCAUGGCACCAAAAAAAGGCCUCCUCAAACCAAGCUGCCGGAAAAAACUGCUACGGAACAGCAGUACACAGACUGUCUCUGACAAGAGCACCCAAACUGUACUGCCCUACAUCCCAGCCAAACAGAAAUCUAAGGACCAGCACUGAGAAAAAAAA